UAGACUGCAUCACGCCGCCUUCUAGUUGAGGCCAGAGGCGGCGAGGUGGGAACGUCGCCCGCGCAGUGGUGGUAGGCCUGGCAGCUAAGGGCGGACUGAGUGGAGUCGGAAUCCGGGACGCUCGUUGGGCUGGGUUUCCGUGGCCGUGUUUCUGAAAGGACGGAUCGUAACAGGGCCCUCGGAGGCUGGGAGAAGCGCGGGAUGGGCGCGCGGGGGAUGGAACGUUGAGCGGCACCAUGCCUCGCCUGGCGCGACGCUGUGGCCCGAAACCGAACCGCUGGGGCUGAGGGGCGGGCUCGCGGCCUUUAAAAUGUCCUCAUGGAGUUGGUUGAAUAGGUGUGAAGACCCUCUGGCCCUUCCAAGCCACUCCUAGAAAAUGCCUCACCUUUGGGAAGCGGCGACGGGAUUCAGAGGAGAUAGCAGAAAUUCCUUGAUGUGAUAGGAGUCAAAACACAUCUGGACUUGCUGGUCGCUAAAGUUGCUUUUGCGCGGGAGAAACACAAGCAUUCCCCAGUGUCCACAACCCCAGUUACACUUUGCAUUUUAAUAAGAAGCUAGGCACACCAGGAAGACAGAUGAGCGCCGCAGCCGGUUUUCUUCCUAGGCCUGCGAAGGGAGGAUGAACUUGCUCAGCGAGAGUGCACAUGACCGGACACUACUGUGAAGGAGCUGCAGAAAGCCCCCAAGUCCCAGAUGGCACUGAAAACCAAGAAAGGACUGAAAGGUUCCAUUGAUGAUGUUCUUGGUGACCUCCUGGGAGAUGACACAACACUGCUUGAGAAGCCUGUUGAGCCAGCCUCACGUGCCAGAGACACAGCAAGUGUACCUCAGUGGCCUGCUUCCAAGGCUAAAGCAAGAUCCCUCCCCAAAGACAGUGUUGAAGGGCCACUGGGAGCUGAUGCUGAGGUCUCCAGCGUCUCGGAUGCAGACCCGCAGGUCUUCUUGCAGAAUGUGAAGGACCUGGAUAGCAUGGACGAUGAUCUCUUUGGUCAGAUGAAGUCUCAUCCACCCUCUGGCAAAGGACCUGCAAAGGGUUCUGGGAAAGAAGUGCCUAGCAAUCCCAAACCUGCUGGCACAUUAACAGCGAAUGAGAAAGGGAACACCACUGCCACUAAGAAGCCACCUCUCCCUUCCAACAACUUUGGGCUUCAGUACAAGAAGUUUUCCUUUGAAGACCUUGAAGACCCCUUGGCGGGACUUCUCUCUGAUGAGGAGGAAGAAACUGCCAAGAAGCCACCCAUAAUGGAGAGUAAGCCUGCUUCCAAGAGCCCCAGCAUGGCUGCAAGCCAAGGUCCUUCUGUUCCUCUGACUCCUGGGGAUACUCCUAUCCGGAAGAAAGAAUUAUUGUUUGAUGAAGGGGACGACAUCAUGACCACCCUGGGUUUUGAAGACAGCCCCAAAGCAGAGAGGAAGAAGACCGGAGACCAGGAAGGGCCCCUUCCUGCUCGCUCGAAGCUGGAUGAACUGCUGGGACGAGGCACAGCUGCCAAGCUCCUUGCUCGUCCAGGCGCUGGGGAGCACAAAGAGUUCAAGCUAGACAAGAAGUAUCAGAAGCCAGAGGACAAAGAAGACAGCUGGGAUGAUGAGAUCCUCACCUUUGGAGCUUACCAGCCCACUGUAGCCUCCUCUGAGGGCAGGCAGUCUCGCCGACAGUCGGUCAGCAGGUUCUUGGGAGAAGGUGGCUCAGACCUUAAGGGAGAACCUAGCUUCAAACAGAGCCCUCCCCCUGCUUCCAGCCCCAUCCACCCUAGGAGAGGAGGAGCCGACUGGUUAGGCCUUAAGGAUGAUGACCUGGCCCUGCCGGAUCCCACUCCUGUUCAAAAGGCUCAACAAGAAGACUCAGCCAUUUUGACACCCUCUCUACCCCCCACUACAAACCAGCACUCAGCCCCAGAGCCACACUCUGUGCCAGCUGGACUGCCCUCAGCCGCAAAGCCAGCAGCCAAGGGUGCAAGGCCCUCUCCCAAAGCCAGCCAGGCCUCACCAAAAACCUCUGAGGAGAAGGACGACGACUGGCUGAGCCAUGUCAUUUCUCAGAAGAAAUCCCACGGUCUAGCCAGAGAGGAGCAUGCUGCGCCCUCUAAGGGCCUGAACUCAUUGGGAUCAUCGGGUCAGACCCCUUCUAGCAGCCAACCUGUUGCGAGCACUCAGGCCCUUGAGCAGGCCGCUGCUGGAGAAGCCUCGGGAGCAGCUACACAAGGGAUUGCAGCUGUCAGACCUGGCAUCACAGGAUCCGCCAUGAGUUGGAGCCCAGCCACUACUGUCCUCCCUGUCGGUGACCCCAAGAUGGGAAUGGCCUCUGCCUCUGGGGACUUCUCUAGCAGAGAGCCUGCAGUUUAUGUUCCACAUUCCCAGGACCGCACGGGGCUCUCUGUGCCUGUCCAGCCCCUGCUCCCAGAGUCUGUGAUGCAAAGUCUGCUGCCAGGCUCAGGAUACCAGAAGCAACUCCUGGUUGCCCAAGGGCAGUUCCCAAGCAGCACUGCCCAGCUUCAGGUUGAGCUGCUGCAGAGCCAGACCAAGCUGGCCGAGCUGGAGUCCCAGGUGCGCAAGUUGGAGCUGGAGCGGACCCAGCACAGCAUGCUGCUGGAGAGUUUGCAGCAGCGGCACCAGGCCGACCUGGAGCUCAUCGAAGAUGCGCACAGAAGCCGCGUCAAGGUACUAGAAGCAUCCUACCAGCAGCGGGAGGAGCAGCUCCGCAGAGAGAAGGAGGCGCUGUCAACUCAGCAUGCAUCAUACUGCCGGGAAGCUGAGCAGGCCAGGGCUGAGCUCAUAGCCCAGCACCAGCGGCAAUUGGCCCUGGCUGCACAGGAGAAGGACCAGGAGGUGGCACGACUUCGGGAGCUGCAACAGGCAUCCAUCCUGGAGAUGCGCAAGGACCACGAGCACCAACUGCAGAGGUUAAAGAUGCUGAAGGACCAAGAGAUCGAUGCUGUCACCAGUGCCACGUCCCAUACUCGGUCCCUGAAUGGCAUCAUUGAGCAGAUGGAGAAAUUUUCCAGCAGCUUGAAUGUGCUGUCCUCCCGCGUGGAGGCCUCACACCUCACCACUUCACAGGAACGGGAGCUGGGGAUCCGGCAGCAAGAUGAGCAGUUGCGAGCUCUGCAGGAGCGGCUGGGCCGGCAGCAGCGAGACAUGGAGGAAGAGCGCAGCCGACUCCAGGAGGUCAUUGGGAAGAUGGAGGUGCGCCUGAGUGAGCAGAGCCGGCUCCUGGAACAGGAACGCUGGCGGGUAGCUGCUGAGAAGUCCAAGGCAGAGUCUGCACAGCGCAGCCUGGAGGAGCAGAGAAAGGUCAUGGUCCAGCAACUCUCCAUGGAGAGGGAGGAGCUGGAGAGAGCCAAGAGUGCCUUGCUAGAGGAGCAGAAGUCAGUCAUGAACAAGUGUGGGGAGGAGCGCCGUCGCCUGGCAGCAGAGUGGGCCGAGUAUUUCACACAGCAGAAGCUGAGUAAGGAACGGGCCGAGCGCGAGGCUGAGAGGGCGCUCCAUGCAGACUCCCAGAGGGAGGGCACCAUCAUCAGCCUGACCAAGGAGCAGGCAGAGCUGACAGUCAGGGCCUGUGAGCUACGGGCCAAGGAGGAAAAGCUGGCUGCUGAGAGAGAGGCUUUGGAGAGAGAGCGCCAGGAGCUUCGGCUGGAGAAGGACAGGUUACACAAGGCCAGCCUGCGCCUCCAGGCCCGUGCACAGGAGCUGGAACACAUGAGCAAGGUGGCCUCCAAGAAGUACGAGGAGGGUGAACAGGCCCUGCAGGAGGCCCAGCAGAUGCAGUCUGAGCAGCAGGGCCGGCUGCAGGCAGUUCAGCGGCAGCAGGAAUGGCUGCGGCAGCAGGAGCAGCGUAUGCACCAGGAGCAUCUGAGCCUGGCACAGCAGAGGCUGCAGCUGGACCGUGUGCGGCAAGAUAUGCCCUUCAGCCUUCCAGGGCUGCGCUCCACACUUCAGGGCCCUGAAGUGGCCAGCAUGGAUGCCAUCCAGGCCCCUGCUUCCACCAUUCCUCAGCGUAGCCAGACACCUGCUGCCUCAGUGCCCACACACCUUCUUGCCAAGCUGCUGCUGCUGAAGCACACAGCAGAGCAGGACCACGACUUCUUGGAGAAUGAACAGUUCUUCCUGGAAACUCUGAAGAAGGCGCCCUACAACAUGGCAUACCAUUCUGCCUGAUGAUAGCCAGCGCCUCCUCAGCCAGCCCGACCCAGAGCUCCCCCUCCCCGGAGGAGGCUCCUAGGAAGGUGGCGCACUACCCAGAGCCUGAUUACAGCUUUCUCUGCGGACAGAGUAUCCGUGUGUUCUUCCCAGCUAAGGGACAGCAGGUGCCUCCCCAAGGGAGCAAUGACAUCAAGGCCUUCUUACCACCAAUCGCCCACUCCUGUCCCAUAGUAAGGCCCCAGAUCAUCACCCCCUUCUACAGGGCAGCCACUGGAGAGUCUCAUGCCUGGGCUUUUCUCAGGGCACUAGAGUGGGACACCAUGAAUAGUCAUCUACUUCUCCCUGACUGAGAGGUUCCUUCCCACUAGGGAAUAGGGAGAAGGGCCUCUGAGCCCCAUCUCAUUCCCAUUACUCCCUGGUAACUAGCCAACUCAACAUGAACACACUAGCUCCUUCCUCCCAUCCAAGUCUCUACCAGAGGUGGGCAUGGGGAACUGUAGACCCGAGGGUAUAUGGAGAAGCAGAGGAGGGAGGAAGAUUUCAGGAGCUGGAGCCUCUGCCUGGAAAUAAGGUACCCUUGGGGCCUGUGAGGGACCACACAGCUGAGCUGCUGCUGCUCCUCCAGUCUUUGGUAUGCCAAGCAGGGUAUCAGGAGUUGGCAGGGGAGGGGAAAUGAUCCGGCAGACCAGGACAGAAGGACUCAGAAAGAAACCACAGUUGUUAAUACAGCAGCUUGCAUUCAGGGGUGCUCCUUGCUUUCCACCUGAGCAGGUGUGCCCACAAGAGCAGGAACAGAGGAGACACAUGAAGGUGUGAUCACAGGGGCAGAGGAGACACAUGAAGCUGUGAUCACAGGGGCAGAGGAGACACAUGAAGCUGUGAUCACAGGGGCAGAGGAGACACAUGAAGGUGUGAUCAGAGGGGCAGAGGAGACACAUGAAGGUGUGAUCACAGGGGCAGAGGAGACACAUGAAGGUGUGAUCAGAGGGGCAGAGGAGACACAUGAAGGUGUGAUCACAGGGGCAGAGGAGACACAUGAAGCUGUGAUCACGGGCAGAGGAGACACAUGAAGGUGUGAUCACGGGCAGAGGAGACACAUGAAGGUGUGAUCACAGGAGCAGAGGAGACACAUGAAGGUGUGAUCACAGGGCAAGGAGACACAUGAAGGUGUGAUCACAGGGACAGGAGCAGAGGAGACACAUGAAGGUGUGUUCACAGGAGCAGGGCAGAGGAGGCACAUGAAGGUGUGAUCACAGGGGCAGGGCAGAGGAGACACAUGAAGGUGUGAUCACAGGGGCAGGGCAGAGGAGACACAUGAAGGUGUGAUCACAGGGCAGAGGAGACACAUGAAGGUGUGAUCACAGGGCAGAGGAGACACAUGAAGGUGUGAUCACAGGGCAAGGAGACACAUGAAGCUGUGAUCACAGGGGCAGAGGAGACACAUGAAGCUGUGAUCACAGGAGCAGAGGAGACAUAUGAAGGUGUGAUCGCAGGGGCAGGGCAGAGGAGACACAUGAAGGUGUGAUCACAGGGGCAGGGCAGAGGAGACACAUGAAGGUAUGAUCACAGGGGCAGGGCAGAGGAGACACAUGACACUGUGAUCACAGGGCAGAGGAGGCACAUGAAGCUGUGAUCACAGGAGCAGAGGAGACACAUGAAGGUGUGUUCACAGGGGCAGGGCAGAGGAGACACAUGAAGGUGUGAUCACAGGGGCAGGGCAGAGGAGACACAUGAAGGUGUGAUCACAGGGGCAGGGCAGAGGAGACACAUGAAGGUGUGAUCACAGGGCAGAGGAGGCACAUGAAGCUGUGAUCACAGGAGCAGAGGAGACACAUGAAGGUGUGUUCACAGGGGCAGGGCAGAGGAGACACAUGAAGGUGUGAUCACAGGGCAGAGGAGACACAUGAAGCUGUGAUCACAGGGGCAGAGGAGACACAUGAAGGUGUGAUCACAGGGGCAGAGGAGACACAUGAAGCUGUGAUCAGAGGGGCAGAGGAGACACAUGAAGGUGUGAUAACAGGGGCAGGGCAGAGGAGACACAUGACGCUGUGAUCACAGGGCAGAGGAGACACAUGAAGGUGUGAUCACAGGGGCAGAGGAGACACAUGACGCUGUGAUCACAGGAGCAGAGGAGACACAUGAAGCUGUGAUCACAGGGCAGAGGAGACACAUGACGCUGUGAUCACAGGGCAGAGGAGACACAUGACGCUGUGAUCACAGGAGCAGAGGAGACACAUGAAGCUGUGAUCACAGGGCAGAGGAGACACAUGAAGGUGUAAUCACAGGGGCAGAGGAGACACAUGAAGCUGUGAUCACAGGGCAGAGGAGACACAUGAAGGUGUGAUCACGGGCAGGGCAGAGGAGACACAUGAAGGUGUGAUCACUGGCAGGGCAGAGGAGACACAUGAAGGUGUGAUCACAGGGGCAGGGCAGAGGAGACACAUGACGCUGUGAUCACAGGGGCAGAGGAGACACAUGACGCUGUGAUCACAGGGCAGAGGAGACACAUGACGCUGUGAUCACAGGAGCAGAGGAGACACAUGAAGCUGUGAUCACAGGGCAGAGGAGACACAUGAAGGUGUGAUCACAGGGCAGAGGAGACACAUGAAGCUGUGAUCACAGGGGCAGAGGAGACACAUGAAGGUGUGAUCACAGGGGCAGAGGAGACACAUGACGCUGUGAUCACAGGAGCAGAGGAGACACAUGAAGCUGUGAUCACAGGGCAGAGGAGACACAUGAAGGUGUGAUCACAGGGGCAGAGGAGACACAUGAAGGUGUGAUCACAGGAGCAGGGGCAGAGGAGGAUGGUGCGAGAGGGUGAGCCAGAGUCUGCCUAUGCUCCCCAGAGCUAUUCUCAAAGGAACCUAAUUCUCUUGGGCCCAUUAAACUGCUCUAUUCUUUGCUAUUCUAUUUUGUUUUUGCAUUGCUGGGGACCGAACCUGGGGCUGUACACAUGGUGGGUAAAUAAAUGUUCUUCCCCUUAGUUA